UUGUCCGCACCUUAAGUGUCUGGGACCAGGAAGUGGCGAAGCUGCCAAAGUCUACUACUAGCUACUCGUUAGUUUACUCGAUGAAAUAACAUACAUUGAAAAACAUAAAAGAAGAGGGUUGUUUUUUAAUAGCUUAAUAGGUAAUAUGCGUGCUUGAACGGGGGUUUGUAAACACAUUUCAGUGUAAUUUAAGGUUAGAGACCGUACAGACUUCUAGCCAGCUUGUUUUGCUAAUUGGUAGCUAACAGUUAACCUUAGCAGGUGUUGCGAUGGCUGUGUCGCAUAUAAACUGCUUCGUGGCAUGGAUUUUAUUGUGUGGUAUGCUGUCUGGAUCUAAUGCGAGGAUACAUAAGCUCAUUCUGAAGAAUGAAACACGGUUCGCUGUUGACAUCAACAAUUUUGGUUUCUUUGCAAAUGGAACUCUAUAUGUGAACCUGACUUCUUUGGGGCUUAAUGAAAAACUUGUAAACUACAGCAUCUAUCCAGUUGGUUUUAGCCUGUCCAGGUCACGGGUUAAUGGGGUGUUACCUUACACAGCAGAGGAGAGUGAGGAUUGCCCGCUCACAGCCACCAAGCAAACCAAUGAUGAGCCUCUCAUCCUUUUUCUCAUUGACAUCAUCAAAAUGAGAGUCAAUGUUUAUGCCAUGGGUAAUCAAGAUAAUGUCCUGAUAGCCAAAGCCAAGUCAGAUAAGGCAAAAGAAAGGAAAGUUAGAGAUGAUGGGAAUCAGCAGAAACCAGCAGAUUCUAACAAAGUAAAGCCAGCUGAAGAAAAUGACUCAGAAGAUGGUAAAAAGACAAAGACAGCAGGUGGGAACAGUCAGGAGAAUGGACAAGAAGGUGGCCAACCAAGUCAGAAGAAUGCUCAAGAAGGUGGCCAACCAAGUCAGAAGAAUGCACAAGAAGGUGGCCAACCAAGUCAGAAGAAUGCACAAGAAGGUGGCCAACAAAGUACAAACAAAGAACAGUCAACCCCUUUUGAAGAAGCUAAGAAAGUGGAGGGAACCACAUUCCUGCUGAACCAAACAACCAAGCCGAUUUUAGCACUGGACAAAAUCAAGGGCUUCUAUAACUUCAGUUUCCAGUUGGUGGUUGGCCCAAAGGCAGAAGGUCUUUACAGCCUGAAGUUCCACUACUGUCAGAACAGGAUGCCUGGAAUUAGGAUUCCUUACUCUUUGAGAGUGGACGUGACAGAGACAAACCCAGGGAGCUUCCUGUCUGCAGCAGAAAUCCCCUUGUCCCGCCUUUACAUAUGUAUGGCUGGAGUCUUCUUUGCUGCAGCCUUGGUCUGGGUGUACACUCUCAUGAAGCACAGGUACAGUGUGUUUAAGAUCCACUGGCUGAUGGCAGCAUUGGCAUUCACCAAAUCCACCUCUUUGGUUUUCCAUAGUAUCAACUAUCACUUCAUAAACACGCAGGGGCGUCCUAUUGAAGGCUGGGCCGUCAUGUAUUAUAUCACACACCUACUGAAAGGAGCUCUCCUGUUCAUUACACUGGCACUGAUUGGAACAGGCUGGGCUUUUGUUAAAUACAUCCUGUCUGACAAAGAGAAGAAAAUCUUCAUGAUAGUCAUCCCUCUGCAGGUCCUGGCUAAUGUUGCAUUCAUCAUUAUAGAGUCUACAGAAGAAGGCACCAGUGAAUACUAUCUGUGGAAGGAGAUCCUCUUUCUGGUGGACCUCAUCUGCUGUGGAGCCAUCCUGUUCCCUGUUGUCUGGUCAAUCCGUCACUUACAGGAGGCUUCAAGCACAGAUGGGAAAGCUGCCAUGAACCUGGAGAAGCUCAAGCUGUUCAGGCAUUACUACGUCAUGAUUGUGUGCUAUAUCUACUUCACAAGGAUAAUAGCAAUUCUGCUGAAGAUCACAAUGCCCUUCCAGUGGCAGUGGUGCUAUGAGUUUUUGGUGGAGGUGUCAACUUUGAUCUUCUUUGUGCUGACGGGCUACAAAUUUCGACCAGCAUCCAAUAACCCCUACCUCCAGCUUCCCCAGGAUGAAGAGGAUGUAGAGAUGGAUGAAGUAGUGACGGAGUCAGGAGCACUGGAAGGCAUCUCCAAAGUUAAGAAGACGUCUAACGGACGUGAGCGCCAGAAAGAGCCUGCUCUGUAGGUGGAGAGCUGCUUGUUUUUCAGAGGGACCAACCGAGCCGCCCGCGGCCAGGCCAGCUGGGUGUGAAGAGGCUCACAUGGACCAAGGCUCCCCACUUCCACAGACUGCUCUCUGUUUAAAACUCAUCAGUGGUUGCAAAGCUUGUGGCCACUGUCUGGCUAUGCAAAAAGAAAGGAAAAAAACAAAACAAAAAAAAAACGUUAUGAUUAUAAAAUACGGCUAACAUGAUGGACGCUCACUGUUUUGUUGGGGACACUCCACCCAGAACCCGAAGGGUUUCAGGAGCCUUUUUUUCCCCCUCAUGGACAGUUGGAGAUGUGGAACAGAGCUCUGGAAUCCAUAUUUUUCUCGUCUGUUUCUCUCCAAAGAUAAUUAUUAUUAUUAUUAUUUUAGACAAAGACUUGCUUUUGGGAGUGUUAAUGUCAGCUAUUUAAAACGGUACUUCUACCACUUGGUUGUAUCUUUUUUUUGUGAUAUGGGGACAUUUAUGGCUGUGAGAUGACACAAAUUUUCUUCCUUUGGAUAAAAUAACCCAUGCUCAGGUUAAAGAGAAAAAAAGCUCAUUGGUGUAUUUAUAACAGUCAAUUGUUUCCAACCUGUCACACAGCACCAUACACCUUCUCCUCAUUGGCUUUGAUUUAUACAUUAAAACGUUUAACAGGAAGAUUUAUUUCAAGAUGUCGCGGUUUUUUGCGUAUUGAAACGUUUUCUCUAUCAUCUGUGUUGGAGCAUUAGCCGUUCCUCCCAGUGUGUCGUUUUGGAGUGCUGCUGUAAUUUAGUGCUUUAGUGGUUGGAAACAACCUGCUUAUUCCCCUUAUUGACCUGAAGAACUUUAAUCGACGUAAGAGAGAAGUUUCGGUCGUAUUUUCAGGACGGCUGAGUCUUUGUGAGCAGAGAAGGACCGGAACUGAUUUUUGAAUUUAGCUGCUUUUAGUUUUAAAUUCUUUUGCUCUUGAUGUGACUCUUAUUUAAUUAAUCACAGGUGACUUCAGCAGCGUGUGCAGCCAGACAGGGUAGGUGACCAUUGAUUAAAGGCUAUUUGUAAAUAUGACUGUUCAUACAAGAAGAGGUGGAUGUGUUGAAGGCUGCCUAGUGUUUCAGGAUGUUAUCAGCUUAGUUUCAGUGAGGGUUUCUGUUCUUUCAUUACUCAUUUAAAUGGACCCACUGGGAAGAAAAGAUAUAAAAAUGCUACUGAGAUUUAUCCCCAGUCGCUCCUGUCCAAGAGGACAGAUCUGCACAGUGUUUACACACAGAACCCGUCGAGAGGUAACAGUAUAAAUUCAAGUGAGUUGGCUGAAGACAUCUUUUGUUUUUUUAUUGUUACAGAAGGUUAUUGGAUGUAUGUAUGAACUGUCACAAUAAAGUUGAAGGUUUUAAAAG